AAAUGCCGUGCUGUUUGUGCAUUGGAAAUUGCUAAAAAAAAAAAAAACAGAAGAAAAAGAAGAAGCAGCAGAAGAAGAAGACGAAGCAGAAGAAGAAGCGGCAGAAGAAACAGAAGCAGCGAAGAAGAAGGCAAACAAACGAAGAAGAAAAAAGAAGACGAAGAAGAACGACGACGACUGGCUAUGCAUGUUGCUAGCAGCUUUCAGGAUAAUGUAGCUAGCUAGCUAGCUAGCUUGCCCGUUCGCUUGGCAAGGCUACAUUGUAUUAAUAAUAUUAAUAUUUCCAAGUUAUCAAUAUAGCACAGAGUGUCACAGUUACUGAUUGGAUACUAAAAUUGCGAAAAGUGGUAAGCAAAGAUGCAGGCAGGUGCACCUCUCGGUGCACCCGUGGCAGUUGCCGGUGCUCAGAGUCGCUCAGAGGAUGAGGAGACGCUGGGAAUAAAAGAUGUGAAAAGGACUGCAACACAAGCAUUUGGUGGUGGAAUUCCCAAACGCAGAAGCUCCUCAAGGUCCAUAAAAAGGAAGAAGUUUGAUGAUGAGCUGGUUGAAAGCAGCCUAGUCAAGUCAUCUAGCAGAGUCAAAGGCCCGCCUAUCAUAGAGCCGAUCCGCUGCUCAGGGAGUGAACCUUCAUCGAGUGAGAAGAAAAAGGUGACAAAAUCCAAUACAGCUCUAACACCACCGCUCACAAUGGUGACUACCCCCCCACCUAUCACAAAAAGGAUGAAGAAAAGCAAGCAGACCCUGCAAAUUACUAAAGACCUUGGCCGGUGGAAACCAACCGAUGACCUGCUGCUUAUAAAUGCUGUGUUACAGACGACAGACCUAACUUCUGUUCAUUUGGGGGUGAAGUUUAGCUGUCGUUUCACCUUGCGGGAGAUUAAAGAGCGGUGGUAUGCUCUGCUCUACGAUCCUGUCAUUUCAAAACUGGCAUGGCAGGCCAUGCGUCAGCUUCAUCCAGAGGCCAUAGCUGCAAUCCAGAGUAAAGCGCUCUUCAGUCAGGGUGAAGAGGCACUGCUGGCCAAAAUUGGAUCGACUAGUCAGCCCAAACUGGAGGUGUUUCAAGAGGUCUUGAGCAAGCAUCCCAGUGUGUUCCAUCCUUCUCGCACCCCCAAGAGCCUGCUUGUUCACUGGCAGCUGCUCAAGCAGUACUACCUUCUGGAUGACCAGACCGUUCAAACUCUCCCUAAAGGUGACCAGGUUCUCAACUUCUCGGAUGCUGAGCAGAUAGUGGACGAUCAGAAGUUAAAGGAGAGCAGGGACGAGGUCCUGGAGCAUGAGCUGAUGAUUUCAGACCGCCAUCAGAAGAGGGAGAUCAGACAGUUGGAGCAAGAGUUGCCACGGUGGCAGGUCCUCGUGGACAGCAUCACAGGGAUGAACGUGCCAGACUUUGACAACCAGACUCUAGCGGCACUGAGAGGACGAAUGGUGCGAUACCUUAUGAGGUCACGAGAGAUAACGCUUGGCAGAGCAACCAAGGACAAGCAGAUUGAUGUAGACCUGUCCCUGGAAGGGCCUGCCUGGAAGAUAUCUAGGAAACAAGGGAUCAUUAAGCUGAAGAACAACGGGGACUUCUUCAUCGCCAAUGAGGGCAGACGGCCCAUCUACAUCGACGGCAGACCAGUCCUGUCAGGCAACAAGUGGAAACUCAACAACAACUCUGUCGUGGAGAUUGCAGGUCUUCGUUUUGUGUUCCUAAUCAACUUAGAAUUAAUAUCACUUAUCAAAGCUGAAGCAGCCAAGAUGACCCAGCAGUGAAUGUCCGCCAUCCAGCAGAAGAACGGAAAUACACACCAGGACAGACGGCAGGAUCCAGUCAGUGUUUUGUGAGGGAACACUGACAAAUGGUUAUUCACAAAGGCACAGCAAUGCCACUAAGAACUUCACUGACAAUGACCAUGUUAUGGACCUACAAUUUGAUUGUAAAGACGCUUAUUGACUCUUAGUUAAUCCUGGAGCAAGAUACAGGCAGGUUUGCUGGACAUUUUGGUUUUUUUCCAUGUUGACACUCCCAUAUUACAUACACAUUUUCAGAAAGUCACUGAAUAUUGAGUUCUAUUUAAAUUCCGUAGUAAAUUUUUUUUUUUUUUUAAUAUUAAAUGUGUGCACAUGAAUUCUGACACACUGGACAUUCCUUCUCAUGCUAUGAGCUUUUACUUUCAUGCCAUAUCAAGGAACUUCCAGCAGCCAUGCAGAACUGUAUCUUCAUAUUUUCACCUUUUUGCUGUAAUAACGGGUGAUAAAAAAUUGAUUUCAAUAUCUGAGGUGUGUAUAAACAAGAUUUAACUAAAUAUUACAGUCACCAAGGAACAAUAAUUUACAA